AUGUUCCUAAGUGUUGUUGCUACCGGAGAUCAUGCAUGGACUCCAAGCCAAGGACUUAACAAUGAAAAUAUUACUGCAGAUUCUGAAAACAUUGAUAUAGGUAAUGAUUCUUUUGAUGAACCUUCACAAAAUCUUGAUGAACCUUCACAAAAUCAUGAGAGCAUUAGUGAUUGUAGUCAAUUGAAACGACAUUCAUCUACAACUUCAACCGAUAAAAAAAGAAAAAGAAUACAUGGUUCUACAUUUCUUCGAAGUCAAAUUACACAACUUGUCAAUUCUUGUACCAACAUUGCCUCAAAAACUAAUGCAUCAAAGUCAAUAAUCGAGAAAUCCUCCAUUUCUGCUGCCAUUAAAGUGCUUGAACAAACAAUUGAAAUAUUUGAAGAUAUGCAACUAUAUUUGUUCUCCACCAAGCUUCUCGAGGAUCCAACGAAACGAGAAAUUUUUAUGACGAUUUGCCCUGAACGACGAGCACUUUAUGUUCGUUAUUGCUAUGGAAAUCAAGACACAACAACAUCAGAGUUUCAUACAGUUUAA